GCCGGAUCGGGACAGGGCAGCCGGAUCCCGGCAUCUACUCCCGCGCCCUGGAAGAGCUGCGGGCGGAGCCGCGGGAGGCCAUCCUGCUGGAUGAGGUCCCGGAGAACCUGGAGCCGGCGCGGGAGUUGGGAAUGGCCACGAUCCUGGUCCGGGACACGGACACGGCGCUCGCGGAGCUGGAGGAGCUCGCGGGGCUCCAGCUCCGGAGCCUGGAGGAGCCGAUCCCGACCCCGUGCGAUCCGUCAGACGUCGCCCACGGAUACGUCCCCAUCCGGGUACCCGGGAAUCCCUGGGACUGGGAAUGGGGGGGAUCCAAGGGAUACCCUGGGAAUGUGUGGGAUCCAAGGGAUGUGUUGGAUAUCCUGGGAAUGUCUGGGAAUUCCCUCCCAGCUCCCGCUGCCCAUCCCGGGCGGGUUCUCUGGGAAUGGGGGGUGUCCCUGACGUGCCUUUUCCCGCAGGGAAUUCCGCAGGCGGUGCUGGUGGGCCACGACUGGGGCGGGGCCGUGGUUUGGAACAUGGCCCUCUUCCACCCCGACAGGGUCAGGUGGGUCCCCGCGUUCCAGGGGCUCGGGAAUUCCGGGAUAAGGCUGAUUAUUCCCGCUGGGAAUGCUCAGGGCCGUGGCCUCGCUGAACUCUCUGUAUCCCUGAUCCCAAAUUCCGGAAUAACACUCAUUUUUCCUGCCGGGAAUGCUCCGGGCCGUGACCUCGAUGAACUCGCUGUUCCACAUCCGGAAUUCUGGGAUAACGCUGAUUUUUCCCUCCCCUCCAUGCCCCCCCAGUCCCAGUGGAUCCCUGUGGAUCCCUGGAUCCCCCUGUGGCUCCCCUCGCAGAUCCCGCUGCCGGCUCUGAUGGUGACGGCCGGGAAGGACCCGGUGCUGCUUCCCAGCCUCAGCAAGGGCAUGGAAAACUGGAUCCCGCGGCUGCGCCGGGAGCACCUGGAGGAAUGCGGGCACUGGACGCAGAUGGAAAGGCCGGCCGAGGUGAACAGGAUCCUGCUGGAGUGGCUGGAAGGGCUCCCGCCGGACGUCCCUUUUCCCGGGAAUUCCCGGCUGUGAACAGGAGCCUUUCCUGGAUUUCCCUUCCCUUUUCCCGGGAAUUCCCGGCUGUGAACAGGAGCCUUUCCCACCUUUCCCUUCCCUUCCCUUUUCCCGGGAAUUCCCGGCUGUGAACAGGAGCCUUUCCCGGAUUUCCCUUCCCUCCAUCCCCUUUUCCCGGGAAUUCUUGGCUGUGAACAGGAGCCUUUCCCACCUUUCCCUUCCCUUUUCCCGGGAAUUCCCAGCUGUGAACAGGAGCCUUUCCCGCCUUUCCCUUCCCUCCAUCCCCUUUUCCCGGGAAUUCCCGACUGUGAACAGGAGCCUUUCCCGCCUUUCCCUUCCCUUCCCUUUUCCUGGGAAUUCCCGGCUGUGAACGGGAGCCUUUCCCAGCUUUCCCUUCCUUCCAUCCCCUUCUCCUGGGAAUUCCCAGCUGUGAACGUGAAUCUUUCCCAGCUUUCCCUUCCCUUCCCUCCGUCCCUUUUCCCUGGAAUUCCCAGUUGUUACCCACAGCCUUUCCCGGCUUUCCCUUUCCCUCCAUCCCCUUCUCCCGGGACCCAGGGCUUGGAAUUCCCGUUGGAAUUGUGCCUUUGCCCUUGGAAUUGUGCCUUUGCCACUGGAAUUGUGCCUUUGCCCUUGGAAUUGUGCCUUUGCCCUUGGAAUUGUCCCUUUGCCCUUGGAAUUGUGCCUUUGCCCUUGGAAUUGUGCCUUUGC